CAAAAACCCUCGGGAAAGUAUACUGUGGUUUCUGGAUACGAGGAUCGGCGCAAUUUGGUCAAAUAUUCGAAAAGGAAAGACGCAUGAGUAUUCUUCACAUAUUCCUGAAUAAUACCAAACUGUUCCGAUUCUUUCUCCAAUGGUUGUAUCUCUGCAUUCAAGGUCUUGUAGUAGCUGUCUACUGUGUGUUCAGAUCCUGAAGACUUCAUCAGAUUGUAUGCUAUUUCUAUUUCCA